AUGGCAGUUAAAUGCACAUAUGAGAAAGAGGAUAGAAUAAACAUAUUCAGCAAUGAAGAUUUUCCUGCUAUGAUUCCACGUGAUAAAGUGAAUCCUGGUGGAAAAAUAAAUGAAGAGGUACAGGUAGUUGGGGAUAGUCAAGAACAGGUUAAUGUGUACGAAGACAAAAAUGAAAAGGAAGAUGAGAAAAAUGGAAAUGAAAUUAGUGUGAAUGAAGACGGCAAUGCAAAGGAAGACGAGAAUAAUGGAUUUUCCUUUUUUUUUUAUAAUGAAAUGGAUGUGAAUGAAGAAGACAGUGCAAAGGAAGGCGAGAAUAAUGGAAAUGAAAUGGAUAUAAAUGAAGACAGUGCGAUUGAAAAGGAAAUGGAUGUAAAUAAAGAAAACAGUUCAAAGGAAGAUGAGAAAAAUGGAAAUAGAAAGGAAAUUGAAGUGAAUGACAAAGAUUUAGCAAAUAAUCAUUUCAGCGACAAUAAGACGAAUAAAGGGCAAAGCCCAGAUGGAAUAACAACUGGUAUAAUAGAAGCAGAAGUACACCAAGACAUGGGAGGAACAGAGGACAGUAACACCCAAAUAGAACCAAGGUUGAGAGAGGGAAGUCCUUUGCAUGACGAGCAGUCGUUAGAUUUCAUGGAUUUAAAGUUCCUUAGUUGUGAAGAUAAAGCUGAUCAUGAUAUCACAGUAAAGGCAGAUCCAGUUGUAAAUGUAGCACUACCAGAAGCGUUUUCACAAGACUUGUUUGCUGAAGGUAUAUCAGAGGAUGCCGGGGAAGAAGCUGUCACUAUUGAUGACGACUCAAGUAGCAAUUCAGAAGAUGGUAGUGAAGUGGGAGGAGUACCUGACAUCGAUGAUAGAAAAGACUCUGAGAAGAAAAGUGAAUGGUCUGUUAAAGUGAAGUCAGGGGGGAAAUUAAAAUUGAGAAAGAACAAGAAUAAAAAGAAUAUUGCGAAAAAGAGGAAAAUAGUUUAG